GUGUCAACAUGAAGUUUCCCGGAUUCAUUUUGAUUUGUUGGUUUGGGAUAAUUUUCAAAGGAAGUAUUUGUUUUCCUGAACCACGCAGCAAUGUCAGACUCAGUGAUUUACAGAUACAAAUAGACGAUAUUAGAAGCGAAUUAGAUGGAAAGGUAGUUAACAAGCGAGAGGUAUUAGAAACGUUUUUUAAGAUGUUUGCAGGGCUAGUCGGUCACAACGAAAAAGAAUCGACGAAACAAGACACACUCGUAAUCUUGAACGGAGCGACUCUUCAGAGAGAUAUUGGUGACAAACAACGGCAAUUUACUAUCGAUAAAGCAUAUGAACGUGGCACAUUGAACGAGUAUGCUACGCAGUUUCGUAAUACAACAGCACAAAUGAAUAAUGAUCUGCUAAUGGAAUUGAAAAAUAUCGAGGACAUUUAUAGUCAAUCGUCGGAGUCAGAAGGAAAACAUCUUGCGCUCAAGAAUGCAACUAUGCAAGUAAGGCGCCUAUUACAAAAUAUAACAUCAUCGAUUGACACUUUUACUUCUCUGGCAACUACCUAUGGCUCAAAACUGUAUUCUGAGAAAAGCUUGUCUCAAAAUGGCUGCAAUACACGUGAAACUGGAAAUGAGUGGGAAAAUGCACCUAAAUCAUGUCAAGAUGUAACAAAAAGCGGUGUCCACACCAUAUAUCCCGACUUUAAACCAUCCGGACUGGAAUUGUAUUGUGAGAUCGAUCAAGGCAAGGUAUGGGUUGUUAUUCAGCGUCGCAAAUACGGAACGGUUGACUUUGAUCGCUCCUGGGAGGAAUAUAAGAAUGGUUUUGGAAAUCUGACUGGAGAUUUCUGGCUGGGAAACGAGUAUAUCUACCACAUGACAAAGUAUCAGGCGCGUCAGCUGCGAAUAGACAUGGAGACAUUCGAUGGCAAAAAGAGGUAUGCAAUGUAUAACGAGUUCGGUGUUUCGUCAGAGGAAGGAAAGUACAGAUUGAAAGCUGAUGUGUACUCUGGUGAUGCUGGCGAUGCGUUUAAUUAUUCUGCGAUGAAACAUAAUGGGCAGAUGUUUUCCACGUAUGACGCGGACAAUGACAUCUCCAGCAGUUCGUGCUGUUCUUGCUCCUAUAAAAGUGGUUGGUGGUUUUCGGAUUGCCUCUAUUCCAAUCUUAAUGGCAUGUAUUAUUACAAACAUGAAAUUGUACCGGAUGCACGUGGUAUUACUUGGUACACACUGUCAACAUCACGGUCGGUUAUGAAAUUUGCAGAAAUGAAGAUACAUUAAAGACGAUUCAAUAUGUCGACAGUGUGGUAUUAAACCAACUUACUUGUAUAUAAUUGUUCCAUAAAAUGUUGAUGUUAGUCGCUGUCAAAAUAUCGCUUACUCUACGACUGUUGGAUUAAAUUAUUAUGCAUGCCAGUUUUUUGUAUUGAUAUUCAGCUUUUUUCAAAUAUUAUUGCAAUAUAAUGGGGAAUAUAUUAUGUACAUAUAUUUAUAUUUAACAUGAGUAUGUACUAAGUUAGUACUGUUUUAGUCAAUCUGUAACAUGUUUUACCAGAACAAAACUGUUGUGCCAUGCCAAAUAUAGUGUGUAUCACUCAGUUUGAUUUGUUUGUGUUUGUUUUAUAAAUAUUGACACAUGUUUUAUAUAUAUUUAUCUCAUUUAGGUAGUUAUUUAUGAGGUUGGCAUGAUUUGUCGAGCUGAAGUUUGUUAUGCCCAUUAACGACUUAUAACUUAGUUAGGUAAUAUUUAACAUACAAAACACCUUUCAGCGUCAUGUUGGAGUUCAGUCUGAAUACCUUAUUUACAUUAUUGACUAUGUAUCAAUUGUAGCGUCCAUAUGAACACGAUAAUUGAUUGAUUGAUGUGUAUUCGAUAUUUAACUUAUUAUCAACUAGAACGUUUUAAAGAAAAAAUCUGCUCAUCUGUAUGAGUGCACAUCUUGUGACGCACAUCGUAUAAACGAUGUGAAAGCGUCUCAAUCCACUAAAUUAAGAAGUGAAGAAUAUUAUGGUUUUGAACGAUAGGUUAAAACUAGCUGAUCAUGUUUGUCGCCGAAACAAUAAAAUAAUACAUGUUUUACAAAGACCAUAACGUAAGAAUUAUGUUACUACUUCUAAAAUUGUAUAACUAUACAUAUAGCGUUGUUUGAUCACUAUUUAUUAGUCUCAUCCACGUGACAUUCUCACGAAAUAUGCUCACGAAAUAUGUUUAUUUCCUGUUUAUUUAGAUUAACUGCUCUUUAAAAUGAUGUGUUUUUUGUGUAUACUUCAACGCAUGCUGUUAUUUUAUACGUAUGUUUACGAUGUUCAGCUUCACAUGCUUAAGUCAAAAUAAAGUAUUCUGAACUGUUAUGUUCAUAAAAAUUGCGUUGAAAUCCUUUGAAUAUAAAAGCACGUGUUAAAUUAAUGUACUUUACGCCAUUUAUUAUUAUCAAAAGGGAUAUUGAUGGAGACCUGUAUAUAGUAACGUAUAGAACAUCAGAACUACUCCUUAAACGACAAACUUACUUUAAAAUCCAAUAGCCAAUAAGUGCUUGCUGUA